AUGACCAACGUCGCCGUCAUGUUUCGUCGCCAUCGCUCUCCCCUGCUCCGUUACCUUCGUCUUCUGUCGUCUUCAUCGGCCUCGCCGCCGCAGACUUCGUCGUCCGCGACGGCGGCGAAGAAGAAACUCAGGGAUGAACGCGAUGCGGUGAAGUCCCUGUCCCUGCUGUCGUCCAUUUCCGACUCUGAUUCACCUGCCGCCGCCGGCCGCUACGCGGUAGAGCUCGUGGUCAAGCGCCUCGCAAAGUCCCGCAAUUUCUCUGAAAUAGAAAAUCUGAUCGAGUCCCGGAAGAGGGAGCCCAUGAUCACCCAGGAGCCCUACGUCGUAUCUAUCAUCACAGCGUAUGGCUACGCUGGAAUGAUCGAUCAUGCCAUCCGCACCUUCGACGAGAUGGACAAGCAUGGCGCACCCCGGACAGUUCUAUCUUUCAAUGCGCUCCUCACUGCCUGUAAUCACACGGGCAACCACGGCCGCGUCCCUGAGCUCUUCUCGGAGAUUUCUCAGAAGCACGGCAUCGUUCCCGACAAGAUCUCCUACGGGAUUCUGAUUAAAUCCUUGUGUCAGUCGCGCUCCAUGGAAAAGGUCUAUUCGCUGCUGAAGGAGAUGGAGGAAAAAGAUGUCGAGAUCACACCGGUGACGUACACCACUCUGUUGGAUACUCUGUACAAGGAUCAGAAAGCAGCAGAUGCGGAAAGGCUGUGGAAGGAGAUGGAGAGCAAGGGGUGUUCACCUGAUGUAGCGGCUUACAAUGUGAGGAUCAUGUAUAACGCCGUUCAUUCUAAACCCGAAUCUGUAAUCAAGUUGAUUGACGACAUGGUUUCAGCCGGACUGAAGCCGGACACCAUCAGCUAUAACUAUCUGAUCACUUGUUACUGCAAGAAUGGGCAGCAUGAGGAAGCAAAGAAGGUGUACAGGAGUCUCCGGGAAAAGGGUUGCCACCCAAAUGCAGCUACAUUUAGGAAUUUUAUGUAUCUCCUCUGCAAGAACAAGGAUUUUGAUGCUGGUAGGGAAGUGUGUAUGGAAGGUAUCAAGAAAAACAAGCUUCCGGAUUUUGGACCUCUAAAGAUGCUAAUGGAGGGUCUGGUGAAAAAUUCUAAGGUGGAAGAGGCGAAACAGUUGAUCAGGCUGGUGAGGAAAAAGUUUCCAGAGAGUUUCCUGUCGAGAUGGAAGAACGUGGAAGAGAGGCUUGGUUUGGAAAUCGAAGAUGAACUUCCCCAAGCUGAGGCAGCUUAG